UUCUCCGUGUCGCUGCAGUGCUUUGCUGCGCCCCUGCCUAUCCGUCUUCUUUCUUUCCCCGCUUUUACUCAAAGCCUCAUUUGUUCUUUCUUUUCUCACCUGCGUCCUCCGCAUCCCCCCCCUCCCUUAUCCUCCCUGCGGAUGCCUUUAUCCUUGCACCCCCACUAACCCGCACACAGCAUCCCGGCAAAUGGUCCUCCUUCCAUCCACACGGCAACUCUGGACGCAGGGCGCAGCGAAGAGGCGCACCUUUCCUUUUUGAUCUGAUCUAAGCUCACUGCGGAUUGACUUGGAAGAGGGGCGGAUCAGAGGCAGCAGGGGAGCGAGGAGAAGAUUGAAAGCGGCCAAAAUCUCAUUUGGCAAUGCCAGUGCCAGACCAGCCAGCAGAGCAGGAGAAGGGGGCUAUGGUUGCCCCUGUGAUGCCUGCCUCCAAUGGAGACAGACCUGAGACGGAGACAGCAUCGUCAAUCCUGGCAUCUGUCAAAGAACAGGAGCUUCAGUUUGAACGUCUAACCAGAGAACUUGAAGCUGAGCGUCAGAUUGUCGCCACGCAGCUGGAGAGAUGUAAGCUGGGAUCAGACGCGGGCAGCAUGAGCAGCAUCAGUUCGACAGAUGAGCAGUUUCGCUGGAAUGCUCAAGCAGAUGGACAGAAGGACAUUGAGGAUGAGUUAACCACUGGUUUAGAGUUAGUAGAUUCCUGCAUUCGCUCUCUACAGGAAUCAGGAAUUCUUGACAGCGGUGAACGACCGGCUCUCCUUUCCCAGAGUUCCUUGCAGCUCAACUCCACCCCGGAGGCUUCGCUCCAGUACUCUGCCAGCUACCAUAGCAACCAGACCCUCGCCCUUAGCGACAGCAUUUCUGCAGCAACUCCUCAGCGUGGCGUGCAGGUUGGAGGAGCCGUGCACAGCUACAACCAGGUGACAUCUAGUCGUGCAGCCCAGCAACAACAAUCGCAAACUGGGGCAGGAUCAGGGAUCUACUACUCAAGCUCUACUUUACCUGCACAGCGAGUCAGUUCCCCCCUGUCCGGUGGAGGAAGUUCAGGGUCAGGUUCUCCCAGUAAACACCAACGGUUGGGCUCUGCCACUGACACACCAGGCUACUCCACUACCCAGCGCCUGCCUCCCUCCUCCCCCUCAUCUUCUCCCAGCAAACAGUCUACAGCUAAUAGACUGGCCAAAUCAUACAGUACUACAGUUGCAGUUACAACAGCAGGAGGUGGGUCACCACUGAGGGUGGCAUCUCCGCCUAACUCUACAGCAACUGGAGGAGGAAACAGUUCAUCAUCGUCUCCUCUUCAUCAGAUGAGUUCUGGCAUAGGAAGCUAUGCCACUCUGUCUCCUAAGCGGCUGGCAGCUCAUCACGCUUCUGACCAAUACAAGAUCUCACACGAGCUCUACGCUACUGCUACCCUACAAAGACCUGGCAGUUUGGCAGGUUCCCGUGGCUCCUACAGUAGUCAACACAGUCAAGAAACCGUUCGGCCCUUAGGGUCUCCAGAGCACCACAUAGAUCCUAUCUAUGAGGAACGUUUAUACCACAACAAGGGCCCUAUGAGGAGCCUGAGUCAGAGCCAGGGACCAGACACAGGCCCCUACCGCAACAACACUGCACCCUCCUCCCCUGGUGUAGACUCGACCCCUUUGCAGCGAACAGGAAGUCAUGGGACUGGGACAGGGAGCUACAGUCGUGGUGGGACCAACAACUAUGCCACAGUGGGGCCAGGAUAUACUUCGAGCGCCGGCGGAGGGGGAGAUGUUUAUGGAUCAGACCCUUAUGUUGCGGACCCCUACCGCACCCUACAAUACUGCCCCUCUGUGGUGGAAUCUCCUUACAGCAAGUCUGGACCAGCCCUACCACCUGAAGGGAGCCUGCAGCGUUCACCAUCCAUCGACUCUAUACAGAAAGACCCAAGAGAGUUUGGGUGGAGAGAUCCGGAGCUGCCAGAGGUGAUCCAGAUGUUGCAGCACCAGUUCCCAUCAGUGCAGUCCAAUGCUGCAGCUUACCUGCAGCAUCUCUGCUUUGGAGACAAUAAGAUUAAAGCUGAGAUCCGUAGACAGGGGGGAAUCCAACUGUUGGUUGAUCUGCUGGAUCACAGGAUGAGUGAAGUACACCGGAGCGCCUGUGGAGCAUUGAGGAAUCUGGUGUACGGCAAAGCCAAUGACGAGAAUAAAGUAACCCUCAAGAACUGUGGAGGGAUUCCUGCUUUAGUCCGUCUGCUUAGGAAGACUGGGGAUGUGGAAAUCAGAGAGCUUGUUACAGGUGUUCUUUGGAACCUGUCAUCAUGUGAUGCCCUGAAGAUGCCAAUUAUCCAAGAUGCACUUGCUGUUCUGACCAAUAGCGUCAUCAUACCGCACUCCACCUGGGAUUCUUCUCCUGGUCAUCUUGAUGAUCGAAAGCUCCACCUUCAUACUUCUCAAGUGCUGCGCAAUGCUACUGGCUGUCUCAGAAAUGUAAGCUCAGCAGGAGAGGAGGCCCGACGCAGGAUGAGGGAGUGUGACGGACUUACAGAUGCUCUGCUCUACGUUAUCCAGACCUCUUUGGGCAGUAGUGAGAUCGACAGCAAGACUGUAGAGAACUGUGUUUGUAUUCUGAGAAAUCUGUCAUACAGACUGGCUGCUGAGACAUCCCAUGGCCAGCAAGGUGGUCUUGAAGAGCUGGAUGGGCUGCUUUGUGAUGCAAAUGGUUGUGAAGGAGAGAGCUCUGGCUGCUGGGGAAAGAAGAAAAAGAAAAAGAAGGGAGCUGACCAGUGGGAUGGUGUGAGUCCCUUUCCAGACACAGCAGAGCCUCCCAAAGGGGUUCAGAUGUUGUGGCACCCCACCAUCGUCAAGCCAUAUCUCACUCUGCUCUCUGAAUGCUCAAAUCCUGACACUCUUGAAGGUGCCGCUGGGGCCCUACAGAACCUUGCUGCAGGCAGCUGGAAGUGGUCUGUGUACAUCCGGGCUGCAGUCCGUAAGGAGAAAGGCCUUCCUAUUCUUGUGGAGCUACUGAGGAUAGACAACGACAAGGUGGUAUGUGCUGUCGCCACAGCGCUUCGGAACAUGGCCCUGGACAUCAGGAACAAGGAGCUUAUAGGAAAAUAUGCCAUGAGGGAUUUGAUCCAUCGGUUACCAGGCAGUAGUAGCAGCAGCAACAAUAAUACCACCAGCAUCGGAACGUCAGGCACUCCCAGCAAGGCCAUGUCAGACGAUACAAUUACUGCCAUAUGCUGCGCGCUACAUGAGGUGAUAACCAAGAAUAUGGAAAAUGCAAAAGCUCUACGUGAUGCUGGAGGGAUUGAAAAACUCAUCGGCAUUGCCCGCAGCAAAGGAGAUAAACACUCAGCAAAAGUGGUAAAAGCAGCCUCUCAAGUCCUUAGUAGUAUGUGGCAAUACAGAGACCUGCGCUCCCUCUAUAAAAAGGAUGGUUACUCUCAGCAUCAUUUUGUGGGUUCGGCUUCAACAAUAGAGAGAGACAGACAGAGGCCCUAUUCCUCUUCGAGAACUCCCUCUGUUUCUCCUGUCAGGACAUCACCCAAUAACCGAUCUGCAAGCGCGCCUGCCUCCCCCAGAGAGAUGACGAGUCUGAAGGAACGCAAGAUGGACUAUGAUUCCACGGCAACCAACGCUGGUUUCCAUAGCAACAAAGGAGAGCAUACAUCCCGGAAAGACGGCAUGGCAGUUCAAGUGUCCUGUGGGUCAUCUACGUUGUUCCGAAACUCUUACCUGACAGCCAGUGAUGAAAUCAAGCAAAACCAGAGCCCAGUGCCGCCCUGCGUUGUUCCCCCUCAACCCCAGCAAGAUAGCCCAUCAGCAGCCAUGCUAAAAGACUACGACCUUUACCCCCCUCCGCCUUCCUUUCCCCAGCCCCAGCCGCCACAGCCUCCACCUCACAGCCAGAGUCGCAGCUUUGACGAAGCCUACUACGACGACCCAGGACCCCCGCCUCCACCAUCACAGCCACAGCUACAGGCGCAGGCCCAGCCUCAGGCCCAACCCCAGCCACCUCCAAAUGCCACAGGACCACCUCGUGAUCCCCGGGAGGACCUUCGAAUGCAUCUGGGUCUCAAGUCCACCGGCAACUACGUAGACUUCUACUCAGCCUCACGGCCAUACAGCGAACUGAACUAUGAGACCAGUCACUACCCGGCCUCACCUGAUUCCUGGGUGUAGUUAGAUCAUAAUGGGAGGGAGGGGGCAGGAGCAGUCUAUGUGUGCUUGCGUGAAAGGGAUCGUUUUUGCAGGAGAUUAAUACAAAUUUGAAAAAAAGACCUCAUGCCUAUAAAAAAGGUAAUUUGUGUUCUUAAAAAAAGCUGUGUGCGAGCUUAAUGUGGUAGAAGGGAAAGUCAGGUAAAGUGAUGAUGAGAGACUGUGCAUGUGCAUGCAAACAUAUUUUAAUUAUUUUUUUCUCAACCACUUUAUCUUUUUUUUUAAGUUAGCUCCAUUUCAUUUCCAAGUGGAGUCAGUAGGAGUUAAUAUGAGGAUCUGAGUUUCACAGACUGUAUAGGGAGUGGGAGAUGAAACAUUAAAAAAAAGAGAGUGUAUAUAGAUGCCUUGAAUGGAGAGAUCAAGAAAUAAUGGUGUGCUGAUGAGGAAAGGCUCUCACUCUGUAGGAGCAGGAAGUGGUCUGACCUUCUAUUGCAGUCAGAGAUAAAGAGAGAUGAGAGACUGAGAUGGACUGAGCAUUUACAAGGUGAGGAAAAAUAAAAGCACAGAGAAAGAUGAAAGCACACCAGCCCGAAGGGACGAAGUGGAUUUUUACCAUUUCACCAAAGUGACAAACGUAGCACUGCUUUUCUUCUAUAUUUUUCGUUGCUGAUACCUUGCUGCAUGUAGAGUCUUUGGAAUUUAUUUUUUUUUCUAAAUGAGACUUUAAGUCAUUGUUAUUUUGCCUAAUUUUCCUUUUUUUUGUCUUUCUACUUUUUUAUAUUUACACUUUCUGGUGCAUUUUUUUAUUUCCUGUGUACACUUAAUAAGGGGAUUUAAUGUGUAUAUUACACAUUUUGGAUGGGCUGCUCAUAUAAAUCCAGAUCUUUAUUUUCCAACUAAUUCAAAGAGUGACACGGGAAUUCAGAAAAGGGAAACAUGAACACAGUAAUCAUGAAAGACAGGCUGGCUGUGAGUGGACAGAUAAUUUUUUUUUCCUUCCCCUUUUUUCCCUGGCCAGAGAGGAGUCCCUGCGAUGUUUGUGAUUUUGCUCUCUCCAUCAAGUGAAAUUUCUCAAGUGGACAUAAUCAAACGUCAAGAGCAUCAAAGUGGCACAGCAGCGGUGCUCGGAGUCACAAUCAAGAAAAGUGCUUUUUUUUGUUCACUGCCAAAAGAGUAUAUAGAUGUAUGUUUAAAGCACACUCUGUCUUCGGAAAUGGACAGCUGUUUGACUUUGGGGAUGUGAUAUCUUUAACAGUGUUAACUAUCAGUCAUUACUUUUGCAUCAAAACUAGUCUGUUUGGCUAAAUUCACCAUGAUUCCAGUUCAUGUCGAUGUACAGUAGAGAUGAAGAAAAAAAAAAGAGACAUGACGUUGUGCCAAACUUUGACAGAUCAAUGACUGGUCCUAGAGGACAAGAUGGGGAAUAUUGUCAAGGUUUACAUUGACUUGAUGGCUGUCUCCUCUGUUUGUAGCUUUGAUUUUCUUGUGUUUUAAUCAGGUGAAGCCGUAGUUAUUGCCGGGGGAGAUCGUGGAUACCUUCUCCCUCCCAUAGUUGUACAGACCUGCCUCUCCAUUCUGGCCGAGCAUGUGUGGGCGUGCGUUUGGGACACGUGCGUGUUUACGUAUACGUGCAUGUGUGUGACAGAACGGAUGGCCUGUGAGUGUGCUCAUGUAGGCACGAGCGAGUGUAUCUAUGCAUGCAUGUGUGUAAUAGUGUGCGUGUGCCUUGUGUUGGGUUGUAUGUGUGUGAGUGUUUCCUGUGAAAAAAAAAGAUCAAUGUCCUAACAAAGGCAUUCCUACUGACAGUUUGUCCGGUUUUACAGCAUAAAUAUAAAGUUAAAAAAAACACUAGAAUGACUAAGACAGAAGACAAAUCUAUAAAUACAUGAACAUAAAUAUAAAUAUAUAAUUAUAUAGAUAUAUAAUUUUUAUGUGCUGAUGUCAAUGUCACUAAUUGCAGCAAAUGUCCGCCGAAAAAAAUGAUUAUGUGGUGUAAAAAAGGAUUCUUGUUCACUUGAUCCAAACAGUAAAAGUGCUGAUAUGCCCUGUCCAUCCCGCCCCUCCACAACACUCACACUUAUUUCCAUCUCUACAACACGCACACAAUGCCCUACACACACAAAUCCUAAUCAAGACAAAACAUAAGUUCCACCUGAAGAUGCUCUGGCUGUGUGUUAUAGUGUGUCUAUGCUUAUUAGAUGAUUCUGCUGAGAGAGGACCGUACUUGAAACAAAAGGGGAAAAAAAUAAA